UUCAGUUGGCAACGGCCCGCACGCUGAAACGGUCAUAUGCGCUUUAGAGUCCGCUAAAAAAGAAUUUCAAAAGAUCUCUCUAUGUGUUUUGAAUAUUUUUCUGAUUAUUUGGAAUCCUGAGUGCCGCGUGUGUUAUUUUGAGUUAUCGCGAUUGCGGCUAAGUGCAAUUAGUGCCACAAAUUUAGUGCAAUAAAUUGGGAAAUUUAUUUCUCUGGCCAGGCGCAUCAUUCGCCAAUGAAUUAACCAAAGAUAUUGUUAGUGCUGUAGUGAGUGUGAGUUUUAAAUUGUUCGUGUUCCAGUUGCUUCAAGAUUUUCCGGCGAUACCGAACAAUCUGCGGCCGCUCACAGUUUUGGAUUCGUUAAAAAGUGAAAAAUCUGCUGGGGAGUUCGGGGGGAAAACAAUCCGACUGCAAAUGCAAUAAGCCGUCGACAAAAGCCGCUUCUAAGCCACAGAAAAAAAAGAGGGGAAAAGGGGAAAAAAGGAAAACGCAGCGUUAAAAACAAGGACAACAGGAUUGCGUUCUUGUACUUUGGACACACGUGCGCCGCGGCUGCGCCCGUGCCCGUGUCCUUGGCAGGUCCUGUGACGACGCCACUGGGGUCCUCGACAGCCACCAUGAAGCUGUCCAAGCUGUCCAACCAGACCAACUCGCAGGAUCCGCAGGCGGUCAACUCGCGCAUCUUUGUGGGCAAUCUGAAUACCUUCCAGUGCUCCAAAACGGACGUGGAGCGCAUGUUCCAGAUCUAUGGCCGCCUCGCGGGCAUUUCCAUGCAUAAGGGCUAUGCCUUUGUGCAGUUCACCAAUCCGUUCGAUGCCCGGAACGCCUGCCACGGCGAGGAUGGCAAAACGGUUCUCAGCCAGACAUUGGAUGUCAACAUGGUGGCCGAACCGAAAGCGCAUCAGAUCGGAAGAAAGCGGCAGAAUGUGAGCAAGACCGGAAACGAUUGGGAUUACUUCUACGACAGCUACUGCUCCUCGGCGCUGCUGCGGGGCAGCGGUGGCGUUGGUGGGGGCGGCUCGAACGGAGUGCGGGCCAAGAAGCGGAAGCGUCUGAUGACCAACGGAAGCGGUCUGGCGGUGGCCGUGCAGCAGCAACAACAGCAGCAGCACGGCCAGCACCAUCACAGUGCGGCAGCGGUGGCCGCCGCAGCGGCAGCCGCCGUCCAUCAGCAACAGCAGCAGGUGCAGCAGCAGCAGCAGCAACAUCACCAGCAACAGCAGCAGCACCAGCAGCAGGUGGCUGCCGUUGCUAUGGCGGCGAUGGCCAAUUUGUUGCCGCAGCAACAAUUACUGCUGCAUCAGCAGAAUCUGCUCUCCAAUGCGGCUGUGGCGACAACAGCGACGGCGGCUCCAGGAUCCCUCCACUGGUCGCAAUACAAACAGGAGCAGCAGCACCACCCACAUCCUCACCAUCCGCACCACCAGCAGCCAUUCGCGUUCCAGCUGAAGAGCAGCGUGGCUGUCCAGGCGACGACAUCGCCGCAAAAUGCAAAGCCAGCAAUAAUGGCUAAUCAAACGGCGCUCGGCGAGCCGUAUCCGGUUGGAGCCGCAGCCGCCUUCGCCACCCAUCACCAGCAUCAGCAACAUCAGCAGCAGCAGCAACAGCAACAGCAACAUCAGCAGCCGUUGCUGCAACCGUUGACUCUGGCAUUGUCCCCACAGCAACCGCAGCCUCAUCAGGCGGCAACGCCACUACAAUUGCACAGCCAAUUGAUGCAGCAACAUCAACAGCAGCAGCAGCAACAACAGCAGCAGCAGCUUCAGCAACAGCAGCAACAUGCUCAGGAGCAAUUAAGUUUGCAUCAGCAGUGGGGACCAUUCAAAGUCUACAGCAAUCCGGACACAUUAAUCUGCGGCAAUUGCCGGGAAUCCUUUGGCGAGCUGUCUGAGUUAUUGGACCACAAGAAAAGUUAUUGCAAGCUGAGGUUCACAUGCAAGUGCCAGGAUGUUGCCUUUGCGGCAAGUGCAAAAACGCCACCGACGAGCGCCAAACUGCUGUGCGCCGUUUGCAAGGAUGCGUUCGCCAAUCCCUGGGAUUUGAUGGUCCACGCCCAGGCCGCACAUAUGGUUAACAUUUACGAGCUGGGCGAUGAUGAGGCAAACAGCAACGGCAACAUUGCAACUGCAAUGGCAACCGUGGAGAAUGGACAUGCAACGAUUGCCGCCGAUGAGGCUGCCACAAAGCAGCUGCAGAUGCCAGCCUCAUCAGCACUUAACAAGGAGCCCAAUAACAAUAACAAAAUUAGCAACAACAACAACAACAACAACAACAACAGCGAUACCACAGCCAGCAGCAACAACAACGGGCAUAUGUCGCCCUCGGGAACAGGCAUCAUUAUGGCAUCGGGAUCGGUUGAAAAUGGAACUGCCAGCGACAUGGACAGCAACUGCCUUGACAUCAAAUUCAGCCCAAGUCCCAGUCCCAAGGAGGUGGGUGAUAUGGCCAUCCACUCUCCCGGCACAGAUUCCCUAACGAUUCCAUUGCAGGAUCAGCACCGGGAUGAUCUCUCGCUGGAUGGCCGCAUGUCGAGCAGCUCCCAGCAGACCCAUCACUCCGAUGAUCUGAACGGCAAGUUGCUGAACGGUUCCGUCUCCUCAAGGGGCAGUUCUCCCGGCCUGGAGGCGGAUGAGCCGCCGGCCACACGGGCCUGUAUUGUUCGCACUCUAAGCAUUGAAGCGUCAGGGCCAACCGCAGCACCCACUGCCAAUGCUUUGAGCCUGAUGUCGAACAGCUUGAGCCUGGCUCUCGCACCACAAUAGGUCAAAGGUCGAAGACAGGGUCAAAUGCCCCUGAGCAGGGCAAACCGGCUCAAAAGGGCUGCCUUUUGGAGUGGUGUUUUGUGCUGUCGUAAUCCGAUAAAAGUGCAAUUUCUUCAGUAUUUUUGUAACAGACUAACUUUGGAGGAAGGCUGAGAGGUCAGAAAAAGAAAGAAAAAAAAACAAAAACAAGUGGAAAGGAUAACGAAUAAUUACGGAAAACAUAUCAUUUUAAAUUAGCUAUAGAUAUGAAAUACGAGCAGCCAUUAAUGGUGUACUGCGCGGUAGCUAUAUCAAUUACAGCCAUGUGUACGUUUAUAUGUAAUGUAUUUGUAUUCGUAAUUGUAAUUGUAAUUGUAAACGCCUUUGUGUUUGUGUUGUUUGCAUGUCCUUUGGGUUCAGCGUUUCAAACGGGAGUAUUUAUUUGGGUUUCAAAACUGCAUAAGUGAACGUAUAGGUAAAAUUAUGGAAAGCUUAAACUGUCACCGCCUGUAGGUGGUGCAUAUUGAACGGUAAUCGAGCUUUGUAUAUAGUUAAUACCAAUUACAAGGUUACAAAUUAUGAAAUUAUAAGGUCAUUGUUAAUUAACCGAUGUUUAUAUUUUGGAUAUUAUUUACGGAAUAACUUAAUCAUAGUCGAAAGCAAAAAUAGCCCACGCAAAUUGUAUAUCAAAAGUAGCAUAGUGACAACAGGUGUUUCAAAAACAAAUUCGGAUAAACUUGCUAUAUUAUCUAGAAUCAUAAUCAAAUAUGCGUAAUAUUAAUAGCGACCAUAUUCUGUAACAACUAUAUCAAAAGUAGCGGCUAUGUAAAUAGGAUAAUCAACGUAUUAUGUACUUACCAAGCAAACCAUUUGUAAACAGUAACAACAUUCAAUUCAAUGUCCUCCAGCUAAAGCAUAUAAACCAACAAAAGAAAUGUAUUAUGCAAAUGGGAAUACCAAAAAAAAAAUAUAU